CCCGCCAGCCCGUUCCCACGGGCGCGGCCGCUCCGAAUCGUGCCGGGCGCUGGCCGGGUCCCGCCGCUCCCCCUGUGCGCGCCCCCUCUGCUCCUGGUCUUUGUUCGGCUUCACCCUUCCUCCGGUAGCUCUCGCUGCGCUGGGCACAGACUUCCUGUCGGUCAGCAGCCGCCGCGAUUGCAACACAAGUUGCAGCCAAGUCACAAACACUGGGGUCACCCGGGCUCCAGGGGAGGAGCGCGCCGGCCGGGGCGAGCCGCUCAGCAUACUAAACUCCCAGGACUGCCUAAAUUAUCCCGAAGGAUACACUGGGAACAGGAGCCCCACAGGAGGAACUAGAAAAUGGAGUUCUGAAUGUUAAAAGAAGAUCUCUGCUGUUGGGAUAAAAGAAAACUCCAGGAGUAAAAUGCAGCCCCAGGAAGAAGCAGAACCAUUCAGUUAGCCCCACAACCCUUGUCACCACCGUGUCUGCCCUGCCCUGUGUUGUCAGCCUCUCCUCCUGGUCAGCAGAGCAACAUGGGCUCAUCUGCUGCCCUUUGACUCUUGCCUCCUUGGUGACUUUUCUGGAACUGCUCCUUGCCAAACCUUCCAGCUAUCGCUGCUCAUCUCCUCCGUCACCCUAGCAGCUGCCUGGCCUGCCAGCCACAGAAGAAACUCCUCCACGUGCUGAGUGGCACCACCAUGAAAGACCCUGCAAAACGUGCAGCCCAGAAGACUCAUACGUGCCCAGAUUGUGGGAAAUCCUUCAGCAAGAAGGGGAACCUGAAGAGACACCAGCGGAUCCAUACCGCAGAGGAGCUCUACCCGUGUGGCGAGUGCGGGAGGCGCUUCACCACGAGGGGACACCUGACCACCCACCAGAGCAUCCAUACGGGAGAGAGGCCGUUCCAGUGUGACGAGUGUGGACGGUGCUUCCGGUUGGAGAUAUGCUUGGCUGCCCACCAGAAGACACACACCAAAGGCGGGCCGUAUAUCUGCGCCCACUGUGGGAAGAGCCUGAGCACACGCAUCUACUUCAGCAUCCACAUGAGAACCCACAAGGAAAAGCGGCCGUACGCCUGCACCGAGUGCGGGAAGAGCUUUGUCAAGAAGGGGACGCUGACGGCACACAAGGAGAUACACAAACGGGAAAAGCCUUUCAAAUGCCCCGACUGCAGCCGGUGCUUUGGUCAGAGUGCAACCCUUGUGGCUCACCAGAAAAUCCAUCUUCGCGGCGGGCCAUUCAUAUGCACCGAGUGUGGGAAAAGCUUGAGCACUAAGAGGUAUUUUAAUGUCCACCAGAGGAACCAUGCAAAGCAGAGGCUGCAGGAAGCCACUGGACACGUCAACAGCAUGCCUCUCCGGGUCAUCCAGAUUAAAGAGGAACCGGACGUGGCCUUCAAACAGGAGGAUAGUUUUAAUCUGGGGAAGAACAUUGCAAUGCCAGGAGCUCAUUCAGAAGAUGGGCCCCAGGAAAGUUCUGACUGUGGAACUCAAUCCAGCCCAAAGAUGCCUCCUAGCACUCCGUGGGGAAUCCAGACCAAGGAGGAGCCAGACACGUACCCCGAACACGAGGGAAACAUCAUUGCAGUAGCACAGCAGAACUCUUACAUCAAGGAAGAGCCACAGGCAAGCCCCGACUAUGGCAGCCAAUUCAACCCAAAGAUGCUUCUUUUGCCUGCGUGGGGAAUCCAGGCCACAAAAGAAGCUGAGGUGGACAGCGAACACAAGGAGGAUAUUGUGAAAACCCGCAUCAAGGAAGAACCGCAGGACAACACCGACUAUGAAAGCAGCUUUAGUCAAAAGAUCUCUCUUGGCACCUUCCAGAGGAUCCAGAUUAAAGAGGGAACUGGAGCCGAUGGAGAAUAUGGGGAAAGCUGCAGCCCAAAGAAAAAACGUAGACGACGCCAGAGAACCAGCGAAGAGGGGACUCCUGGUUCACGUCCGGACAGACAGGCAAACACAAAAUGCAAGAAAAGUACCUUGACGAAGGAGAGUCCCAAAGCAGAGAGAAUAUUUCCCUGUCCCGAGUGCGGGAAAAGCUUCAAUCAGAAGUCGAAUCUUACUAGGCACCGGAAGAUCCACACCAGUGAAGGGCCUUAUAAGUGCAAUGAAUGUGGGGAGAGCUUCCGGAUGAACAGAAAGCUCAUCAGGCAUCAGAGAAUCCAUGUGAGCGAGCCCUUUAAAUGUACCGAGUGUGGGAAAAGCUUCACCCAGCGGUCGAACCUCGUGAGGCACCAGCGGAUUCACACCCGGGAGGAGCCGUACAAAUGUCCCGAAUGCGAGAAGACCUUCAAUCAGAAAGCCAACCUCUUCAGGCACCAGACGAUCCACAUCAGGAUGGGGCCGUGCAAAUGCACCAAGUGCGGGAAAUGCUUCACGCAGAAGAAGAACCUUAUCAGACACCAGACGCUGCACUCCAGGGGCGGGGCUUAUAAAUGCAUGGUGUGUGGGAAACGGUACAGGCUGAAGAAGUAUCUGAGGAGGCACCAGAAAAUCCACAUGAGAGAGGGGCCUACCGGGCGCGCAAAGCGGGGGGAAAAGCUGGGGGUGGUGGCGAGCGUUAGCAAUCACCACCAGACCCACCCAGAACAAAAAGCACUCCCAGCUGUGAAAAGCGAGGAGAGUUUAACUGCUGAAGGCAACCUCUAGCUGCAAAGCCCCCAAAGCAAGGAACCACACGAUUGGAGGUGGCCUUAGGAGAUCAGCUGAGUCAGUCCAUCUCCUGGAUGGUCGAGUCUACGUAGUGCGUUAUGCACACUGGUUGUCAGUCUCUUGGGACUUGAUCCACGCCAAGAGGACGGUCAACCUCGAGGAGCAUGGAGACUGCAUUGCACGAGAAGAACAUGGUGCAGUGUGGGCAGUGAAUCUAGAACAAUGUGCCAGGCCUCCCACAGUGGGGAAUAUACCAGAGCUCCUCCUGUGAGAGCCAUGUGUAACCAAGAGAAUUAUUUAUCCUCCCCCUUCUUCGGAUGUAAUCGUUUUCUUCUCAUUAGACUAGUUUUGUGGCCUAGAGAUUUACCCCAAGGGAGGCAGCUGUGCCUGAGGGUUUCAUUUUGUGUGUCGAUACUUCCUUUCAUAAAAUUCCUAGAACCAUAAGCUGCCCUCAGUCCAGCGACUGCGCUUUCCCUAGCGUCCCUGGGCAUUGCGCCAUGGACCGAGGGCAGCAGCCGGACCUCAGCUUGUGAGGGAUACCAGUACUGAUAGAUUGUAGCCAUCUCCUCAAUAAAGUAAGUAAGCCAACCAAACCAAAA